AUGUUCGAUGAAAAGAAAACGGUGGCACGAUGUUGUUGCUGCUCGGAAACGGACCUGUCGAGAAAUGGUUGCUCGAAGUUGAUGGCGAGACCCGUCGAAAAAAGGGAAAAGGCCGCUGCCCUUCCCGCUAAAGGGAAAUGGUUGCUCGAAGUGGCACGGCUAAAUGAUGAUGAGCGGCGUGAAAUGACUGGAAAAGUUGAGCGGCGGAGCUUGGAGGAGAAGCUGGAAUUGGAAGGAGCGAAAGGCGAGUUGCCUGAAUGCGGAAAUGGAUCGAAGAUUACUUACACGAGAGCUUUGCUUUUGGAAUUUAUCGAAGCCGAGGCUUGUCGCGAACUACCUGGAGAUUUCGACCUGUUAAUUCUGAGUGAACUUAAUGGAGGAGCUGGUAGUACGUUGGAGAGCAAAUGGAUUACAGGCAAUUCAUCUCUUUUGGGCACAUCGCCGUAUACGGGCUUACAACACAGGGCAAGAUGGAACAACUAUUUGGUGAUGCCAAUUAAGGAGAGUCAUUGUCAAGGAAAUUGGAGAUCAGAAGAAAGUACUGUUGUGUGGCAGCAUUUACCUCAGGAAUGUAGGUACAAUACUGAGGUUUUUGAUCAAAAGACCCCAGAUAGUGGUUCCUUCCAACUAAAAAAGAGUAAAAACCCAUAUCGCCCUCCACAUUGUAGCAAGAAAAUCCCUCGGCCCUUGGAUUCUUCUUCUCAAGUUGGAGUCGAAUCCUCUGCAAGUUCUUCAUUUUCAGCAGAAGGAUCUGAUUGGCAAAGUUCGACAGAUAGUGCCACAGGGAUUCAAGUCGUUUCUCCUCACGAAAGACUUGAUGACUCGAUAAAACAACUUCAUGAAUGUGAAUCCUCUUCUAGUAGGAAUAAAGAAGCAAGUGAGCCAUACAGUGCCUAUGACAAGCUUGAGUUGCAGAUAAUCGAUGAUAGCCAGCCCACAUUCGAAGAUUUCUGGGCCGACAUAUUAGAAAGCCUCCAGCUGCAGCAAGAGGCUGGGCUCAGACCUACACCCACCCCCGAUUCAGAUAAUGUGGUCUGUUUGCCCGAUGAAGAUAGCUUGAUCUCAAGAGAUGACUCGGUAACACCUAAAGCUUUGAACUUCAACAUGUCGGAGAAUGAGUAUGAUGCCUCCAGCUCAGAAGAUGAUAUCAUUUGGCCAGAUGAAAACAGCUUAAUUUCAGUUGAGGAUAUGCUAGGUCUUAACAUGCCACUCGAUCGGGACAUUGUGGAAACCAGUAAGAUGACAUCAAAUGUGGAAGCUGAAAUUGGAAAUAGCUCGGGAUGUCUGAAUGAGAAAACCCAUUUUCAGCCAUGUUCCCACCCAGGAAACAACUACGUGAAUUUCCCAACAAAAUCAAACUACAUGCCUUACAUACCUGCAACAAACCACUUUACCUGUUUCAAUUUUCUCCACCAAUCUUGCUUCAACAAUGCAAGACCUAACGACUCCUUUGUCCAGUAUUCAAUGUUCCAGCAGCCAAAUAUCUGCCCAAGACAACAAACUCAGCUUCCAGUUGACUUGCAGAUGAAUCCACAGCAAACAACCUAUCUAGGCUAUGGAAAACCGAAUGCAGGAGGUUUUGUGGGUAAACAAGCAUCUAGCUUCUGGCAUGCUCAACACUGA